AUGUCGUACCUCCUCGAGUUCCCGCCUACUACGCUGCCGCUGCCAGACGAUGUUCGACAGCCGCCGUAUGUCAUCUUCGCCAUCAACAAUGUUAGCAUGGUCGAAAAACUGCCCUCGCGCAUCCCGCUCAAGGCCGUUGUACACUUCAUCCCCAAACUCGCGCAAUACGUCCUACCAGUCCCGGAGGACUUGCCCGCAGACGUCGCCAAAGGUGUCCUGCGCACCCCAUAUGUCGGCAUUGACAUCGCUCUAGACAUUGGCAUCGCGAGCUUCCAGCGCAUCAUCCUCAAGGUCCUCCAGUCCGCCGGCAUGGCCGUGCCUAAGCACCAGCUACAGCUGCCCACCACCACCAUCACCUCGGUCUCGAUCCGCAAGUCAUGGCUGCUGCUUGAGCUCCACCCCGCCGGACUCGAUGCGCUCAUGAUCCACCUGCAGACACGGCUAAUCAAUGGUUCGCCAGUAACCUUGGUCGAGAUUCAAGCACUCUGGGCGCACUUCCCCUCCAACUCCGAAAUGCUGCGCCUCAUGGCUAUCAACUUCGUCCAGUCACAAGUCGACUUCCACUACCACCGAGAAGACUUCAACAAGAUCCGCAGCUGGUACCUGAUGAGCCGGGAGCGCCGCAGUGUCUUCCAGGCCGCAGAAGCCCUAUUCCCCGAGUUUGGUAAGAUGUCAUCCCUGCGCUUCAGCGACCGGGUUAUAUUUAACAGAAUGCCAUUGUCAGAGAGUAGGCGCAAGACCAAGGAGCGAGAGGAUCGCGAGGCAGAGGAAGCGGCUGCUUUGUCGCUGCUCAACAGGAGGAUGGAAGUUUUGGAGAUGAAGGCCAAGAAGAUCAAGAAAGCUGAGAGUGCGGAGGAUGUCAAGAAGACGUCCAAGAUCAGGUUGAAGAAGAGGGUGAGGUCCGCGCCUGAGUUGAAGGAUGGAGGGGAGGGCGCGGAGCAGGCGAUGCUUCAGCCCACCGUCUACGAUCCUUCACAGGCUUCCGCUUGA